AUGACUGAAACUCUCCAAGCAGGAAACGUCAAACACAGUGUUGCUAAUCAUACCAGGAUCAUGAUGCAAACUCUAGAGAUCUGUUUUACUGCUGUUUUGCUUAUUGCGGUCAUUAAUGGAGUGGAUACAACAUGGAAAUUCCAACACCUAACUGGAGAAAGGAAACCAAAAGCAGAAGAAUGCGACACCGAUCACUGUGCCUCUUCUCCGUGUAACAAUAACGGAACGUGUACAUCCGGUCCAACAACCUUCUCCUGUCAGUGUACAGAUGGCUAUAAAGGGAACACUUGUAAUGACACCGAUCACUGUGCCUCUUCUCCGUGUAACAAUAACGGAACGUGUACAUCCGGUCUAACAACCUUCUCCUGUCAGUGUGCGAAUGGCUAUAGAGGGAACACCUGUAAUGACACCGAUCACUGUGUCUCUUCUCCGUGUAACAAUAACGGAACGUGUACAUCCGGUCCAACAACCUUCUCCUGUCAGUGCACAGAUGGCUAUAAAGGAAACACCUGUAAUGACACCGAUCACUGUGCCUCUUCUCCGUGUAACAAUAACGGAACGUGUACAUCUGGUCCAACAACCUUCUCGUGUCAGUGUACAAAUGGUUAUAAAGGAGACACAUGUGAAGUGAAACUUCCGUUUAACAGUUGCAUGGAGAUAUUACAGAGUGACGGAAACCUGAAAGGAAAAGAUGGAACAUAUAUGAUAAAUGUAGGCGGCCCCAAUGGGACGGUGUACUGCGACAUGACAACCGAUGGAGGAGGCUGGACGAUCAUACAAAAGAGACAGGAUGGAUUAACGGAUUUUUAUCGAAAUUGGACCGAUUACAAAAACGGAUUUGGAGAUCCGUCCAAAAGCUAUUGGAUUGGGAAUGAUGCAAUUCAUAAUCUGACUACGACGAAUAAUCAGGAGCUUCGGGUGGAUAUUUCCACUUUCGAUGGUGAGAUUUUGUACGCCCUGUACUCCUCAUUUGAGGUUGGGAAUGAAACCAGUAAAUACAAGCUCAAUGUAUCAGGAUAUACUGGAUCGGCGGGGAAUGUUCUCGCCAAUGGGACGAUGUUCACUACAUUCGACCAAGAUAAUGACGAGUCCGGCUACAAGAGUUGUGCGAUAGCUCACCAUGCAGCCUGGUGGUACAGUUAUUGCGGUUAUUCUAGCCUGAACGGGAAGUACGGAGACCCUAAAAGCAGACAUUACGAAUUCGCGUUCUGGGGGUUUCGAUACAAUUUGAAAAGAGCCAUAAUGAUGAUUAGACCUAAAAACAACUGA